UCCGCCGGGUGCUAGCGCUGGGUUGGUGGCGGGCGGCUGGGGGAGCCGGCGAGCACGGCUGCGUUCUUGGCGCCAUCGGGAAGAACCGAGCGGAGGAAGGCGAGAGGAGUUGGUGAUUGUCGGCUCUUGGUGUUCUUCAUUCUCCCUCUAUGAGGAAAUCCUCUGCCUGGACUGCCCUCACUCCUGGCUGGCCAUAAGUUGAUUUUUCAAUCACAGCAAACUACAGUGGUACUUGAAUGGGUUUUGGAAAAUGUCUAAAGUUUAGUGGCUACAUCUACCUUCUGUCUUCUCUCCAGCCUUUAAAAAAGAAUAAAUGGGAUGUUUGAGAAGAGUGAUAUAUUAAUAGAAGGGUUUUGCAAAUGGCUUCAGACUCUGUGAAUGGAAAACAAGCUAGGAGUCACUUCACAAAAGGGAAAAGACAGCAGCAGCAGCAGCAGCAACUCAAGAACCGAUCUUCAGUUAGUGAUGGUGGUGGAGAGGACUCUUUUAUUUUUGAAGCAAAUGAAGCUUGGAGAGAUUUUCAUGGUUCUCUUCUUCGAUUUUAUGAAAAUGGAGAGCUUUGUGAUGUCACCCUAAAGGUUGGCUCCAAGCUAAUCUCUUGUCAUAAGCUGGUAUUGGCUUGUGUUAUCCCCUACUUCAGAGCCAUGUUUCUCUCUGAAAUGGCUGAAGCCAAACAAACACUGAUUGAGAUCAGAGAUUUUGAUGGUGAUGCAAUAGAAGACUUGGUCAAGUUCGUCUAUUCUUCGCGGCUCACUUUGACUGUUGACAAUGUCCAACCUCUCUUAUAUGCAGCCUGCAUUCUGCAGGUUGAACUAGUGGCUAAAGCUUGCUGUGAAUACAUGAAGUUACAUUUUCAUCCCUCCAAUUGCCUGGCAGUAAGAGCCUUUGCAGAAAGUCACAAUCGAAUAGACUUAAUGGACAUGGCAGAUCAGUAUGCCUGUGAGCAUUUUACCGAAGUGGUGGAGUGUGAAGACUUCGUAAGUGUGUCACCCCAGCACCUCCAUAAGCUUUUGUCCUCCAGUGAUCUAAACAUUGAGAAUGAAAAGCAGGUCUAUAGUGCUGCCAUCAAGUGGCUUCUGGCCAAUCCUCAGCAUCAUUCCAAAUGGUUGGAUGAAACACUUGCACAGGUUCGUCUGCCAUUGUUGCCAGUUGAUUUUCUCAUGGGUGUGGUGGCAAAAGAACAGAUUGUUAAGCAGAAUCUGAAAUGUAGAGAUUUACUGGACGAAGCAAGAAAUUACCACCUUCAUUUGAGUAGCAGAGCAGUACCUGACUUUGAAUACUCUGUGCGGACCACCCCCAGGAAGCACACUGCUGGUGUGCUGUUUUGUGUAGGUGGUCGAGGUGGAUCUGGGGACCCCUUCCGCAGUAUCGAAUGCUAUUCCAUCAACAAAAACAGCUGGUUCUUCGGGCCAGAAAUGAAUAGCCGGAGGCGACACGUGGGUGUGAUCUCUGUGGAAGGUAAAGUGUAUGCAGUAGGUGGACAUGAUGGGAAUGAGCACCUAGGGAGCAUGGAGAUGUUUGAUCCUCUCACUAAUAAGUGGAUGAUGAAGGCAUCAAUGAACACCAAGAGGAGAGGAAUUGCUUUGGCUUCCUUGGGAGGUCCAAUUUAUGCCAUUGGGGGACUCGAUGACAAUACUUGCUUCAAUGAUGUGGAGAGAUACGACAUAGAAUCUGACCAGUGGAGUGCAGUGGCGCCAAUGAACACUCCUCGUGGAGGAGUUGGCUCUGUGGCUCUAGUAAACCAUGUUUAUGCAGUAGGUGGCAAUGAUGGAGUGGCUUCUUUAUCUAGUGUGGAAAGGUAUGACCCACAUCUGGAUAAAUGGAUAGAAGUUAAAGAAAUGGGUCAAAGAAGAGCAGGCAAUGGAGUUAGUGAGCUUCAUGGUUGCUUAUAUGUUGUUGGUGGUUUUGAUGAUAAUUCCCCUCUGAGUUCAGUUGAGCGGUAUGACCCUCGAAGCAACAAGUGGGAUUAUGUGGCAUCACUGACCACUCCCAGGGGUGGAGUGGGGAUCGCAACAGUGAUGGGCAAAAUCUUUGCUGUUGGUGGUCAUAAUGGCAACGCAUACUUAAACACAGUGGAAGCAUUUGACCCAGUGCUGAAUAGGUGGGAGCUGGUCGGAUCCGUGUCUCACUGCAGAGCUGGAGCAGGAGUGGCUGUGUGUGCCUGUUUAACUAGCCAGAUUCGAGAUGUAGGUCAUGGCUCCAAUAAUGUGGUUGACUGUAUGUGAUUCAAGUUCCAGCCACCAACACAGUCAAUCAUACCUGAUAGCCAAGAAAUAAAUGAAGAUUUUGAUAUGAUUACCUUUGAACAGUUUUAACUACAACUAAAGUCUUAUUUAAGUGUUAAGUGUUGUAUGGUGAUUAAGUACAACUUUUGGAAUGAUAGCUAAAGAAAUUAUUAGUAAUAAAAAUUGAAUUUGAUAAUUCCUGCUUUAGCAAAUUAUAGAGUAUGAAAGGAAAACAGUCCAACUUAAAACACCCUGUCUGCUCCAAGAAAUGCUUAAAGGAAUACCAAAACUUUGAAAUCUUAGUUGUUUUUUUUUUAAUUUGGAAGACUCAAAAUGUAAUUGGUUGAGUUUUACCUUUUCUUUUGCCUAAAGGUGUUCACCCUAGGUAGUUUUCCUAGGGGGAGAUUAGAACCUGUUCACUAACACAGACACAGAAGAGACUGCUCCUUUUGAAGAUCAUUUCCACUAGGUGCUGAUGAAUUUAUGCCUUGCUUUUUUUUGCCCUCGGUGUCAGUUUUUGAAUUUCUUGGGAUGUUUACAGAAGUAGAAAAAUGUUUAGUCUUUUGAGUGCCACUGGCUGCAUUUUUAGAAGCUUAUAAGAGUGCUGUAAGACGUCUUUAUAGUUUCAGUUUGAAUUGCCAGGGCACCAAAGGACCAUUCAGAAGAGUCUGUAGUUUUAUUUUUUUCAUCUCAUGCAAAUUGUCUUUCAUAAGAAGCAAAAAGUUAACAAGAGGAAAUUUUAGAGAACGUUUUAGACUUGCUCCUACUCUCGUGCCUGAUUGAGAGAUCUUGAUAAGGAAUGGUGCAAUGAGAGUCUUUAAUAGAGGGAAUCUGAAAAGAGCCUUGAAUGCUCUUCUUGGAUCAUUUGAUUUUGAACGCAGGAUUUGUUAUCUCUUUAUUUGGUUAUUUGCCACCAUCCAGGUUUUCCUCUCUGUACAGAGAUUGGAUUUCAUGUUUAUUACCAGAAUGUGAAUACAUUUUUAUAAAAAUCCUUUAGGGACUGCCAUUUAUUGAUUAGUUGAAGCCUAUCAUUAACCAAUAAAGCAUAUUGUUGGUAAAA